AUGCAGGGUGACUGGAUGAUGAUGUAUCAGGAGCUGCCCUUAUGGAAACAGGAGGUACAUGACGCAGCUGUAUUUGAGGUAUUAUGGAUGAAGCCCUGGUUUGGGUCAUCACCGCCGGCCUGGCAGCUUCAUGCGAAUCCAAACCAGUUCCAGAAUCAGCGCGUGUUAACCUUGAGGGAGCACCUGGUGUGUAUAUUUGUGACAUGGGACCAGGCGUGUGUCGGUAACACUCUCACACAGAUUAGAGAAGCAGAUGUUGUGGUAGAUGUGGCUCCUGUUCAGAGGAUGGACAUCUGA